AUGGAGAGGUUGUCAGCUGCGCCAGUGCAUGAGAAAAUGACAGCUUAUCAAAGUGAAGUAUGGUUCCAAAAUCGGCGAACCAAAUGGCGGAAGAAGGAAGCAGCAGACAAUGCAUUGGUGAAACGUGGCGAAACGUUGGAUUCACAAACACGCCAACAGCAGAUGCGUGGAUUAACGUCUUUCCUGUCAUCCACAAAUUAA